AUGUCAACAACUGAAAUUGUAGAAUAUUAUGGGUAUCCUAGUGAAACUAUUCGUGUAAGAAGUGAUGAUGGUUAUAUAUUAGAAAUGCAUCGAAUACCAUAUGGAAAAGUAUCUUUUAAUAGUAAUACAACAAUAACUAGGCCUAUAAUAUUCCUUCAACAUGGUCUUUUAGCAUCAUCUGCAGACUGGGUAAUGAAUAAACCAUCACAAUCACCUGCUUUUGUUUUUGCUGACGCUGGCUUUGAUGUAUGGAUGGGAAAUAUGAGAGGAAACGUAUAUUCUAGACAACAUGAAAAAUUUAGUACUUAUUCAAGAAAAUUUUGGAGAUUUUCUUGGGAUGAAAUGGCAAAAUAUGAUCUUGAUGCUAUGAUAAAUUAUAUUCUUGACAUAACUGGUCACGAAUCAUUAUAUUAUGUUGGACAUUCGCAAGGAACAAUAACAAUGUUUAGUAAAUUAUCAGAAGAUAAAAUAUUUGAAAAAAAAAUUAAAAAAAUGUUUGCUUUAGCUCCUGUUGCUCAAGUUGGACAUAUUAAAGGAUUAAUGUACACAAUUUCAGAAUUAUUUCAUUCACAUAUAAAUCUUUUUGAAAAAUAUUUUGGAUCAAUGGAAUUUCUUCCAUCUUCAUGGUAUAUAAAAAUGGCUUCACGUUUAUUUUGUAGUGGUAAACUAACAAAUCCUUUGUGUAAAAAUGUUAUGUUUUUAAUUGGUGGUCCAGAGUCAAAUCAAUUUAAUGUAACACGAUUAACUGUCUAUUUAUCUCAUACCCCUGCAGGAACUUCAACUGAUAAUAUUGCACAUUGGGCACAAAUGGUUAUUUCUAACAAAAUACAAAAAUUUGAUUUUGGUUCACCUCAUGAAAAUUUAUUACAUUAUAAUCAGACUACUCCACCAUAUUAUAAUUUUAGUAACAUUCAUAAUGAUAUAUAUUUAUUUUGGAGUGAAUCCGAUUGGCUUGCUGAUGGAAUUGAUGUUAAAGAAGGACUUAUUAAUGUACUACCAAAUAUCAAAUUAAAUAAAUGUCUUGUGGAUUUUAAUCAUUUUGAUUUUAUAUAUGGUUUACGUGCUCGUAAAGAAAUUUAUGACCACAUAAUUGAUAUUAUAAAAUCAUAA